AUGCCUCCCGUUCGCCCUGUUACCGUUCGCCGCUCUCGACGCUUGUCGAUGCAGGUACCGGUCAAAUACGACGAUGACGGCUGGGAGUCGGGCGACGUCGCGAUGGGCCUUAUUGAUGCCGUCGCCACCCAUUCUCCAGCGUCUCCUCCCGCUUCUCAGACACCCACUAGACGCGCUCCACGGUCUCCUAACGCGUUCCUUCAGUUUCGCUCGACCUACUGGCAGGGAAACAAGCGUGAACGAAACAACCGCAACGUAAGCCGCAUCUGUGGUAUUCUGUGGAAUGCUAUGUCGGCGGAGGAGCGGAGCGUUUAUGAGGAGAUGGCUGCAGUGGCCCGAGCGGAUCACAAACUGAAGUAUCCGCACUUCAACUACCGACCCGUUCGGAGAGAUAAAAAGCCGAGGACGCGUCGCCACCGUAACUAUAAAGAGGAGGAUAAAUGUCGGAAGAUCGCGAUGUUGUUCAGAAAGGACAUCGAAGGCACCGUGAUUGAGAAAGAGGAGGAGGUGAAGACGAAGGAGCUUGUCUGCACUAUCCCUUCUCCUACUCCUCCGGUCAUAGCCAACGAGGAGCGUGCCCCGACUCCUGACCAUGCCACUCCAACGGCCAAGAAGGAGGAGGAGGAGACCUUUGUCCCUACCUCCGCCAUGCCGCCACUCGACCUGAAAGUUUCUGCUGCCGAUAAGGACGAAUUCGCCUUCGACAGCUCAGUCCAGCCUCCCAGCUACGUCCGUGUUGAUGCUCAGUUUGGGGCGAACCCCGACGUCAACAUGGAUUCCAGUCCUGGAGCUCCUCCUGUUGACGAUACCGCCAGACCUGAACCGUUCGAUCCUGUUGCGAACUAUCUGUCGGAUUACGUUCACAUGUCUGAAGAGCUGGAUGCGAUGAUGACCGAUAUCGCACCUCAGGAAAUGGAAUCUCUCUCCCUCCCUGUUGAUUGGGCGUACAUCUGA